AUGUCAGAGUUCCCCCAGGUACAGGGUCCGCGAACCAUGGAUAAGGCCCGCCGCCCAUGGACUGAUAUAGAGGAUCAGACCUUGAGACACCUUGUCUCCCAGUUCGGUUAUGCUCGAGGACGCCAUGGCCGUUGGACAGAUAUCGCUCGAGGACUGCCAGACCGCACAGCAAAGGAAUGUCGGAAGCGCUGGUUUCAUUCACUGGAUCCUUCUGUCCGCAAGGGGCGAUGGGCUCAACAAGAGGAUCGCAUUCUGCUAGAGGGGUUUGCCAGGUUGGGCCCGGCCUGGAGCGACAUAUGUCUUUUAAUCUCUGGGAGAAAAGAUGACCAAUGUUCCAAGCGUUACAACGAUAUUCUCGCCCCUUCGGCCAGGGACCGGCUUCGGGGCUGGUCAGAAGAGGAGGACCAGGUCUUACGUGACAGUGUCCAGUCUCUCGGCCACCGUUGGUCCGCAAUAUCUGCCCUCUUCCCUGGACGACCUCCGUUGACCUGUCGAAACCGGUGGAGGCAUUUGUCUGCCAAGCAGGCAAUGGUUUCCAGAGGUGAAGACAGUGGCAGCCCAAGAUCACGAUUCAGUGUUAGGCUCACAUACCAGCCUAUCGUAUAA